AUGCUGGAUGAUAAUCGCAAAAUUGGCACACUGCUGCUCGGCUUGGGCUUCGCGUUCCUGAUGCUGGGCGUGCUCAUGAUCUUCGACGCAGCCAUGCUGGCACUUGGCGACGUGCUGUUCCUGAGCGGUGUGGCGCUCACCAUUGGUCUCUCGCGCACGGUGCGCUUCUUCACGCGCAAGGAGCGAUGGCGCGGCAUCGUGUGCUUCUUGGGCGGCAUUCUGCUGGUCAUGCUGCGCUACCCGGUGAUCGGUAUGAUUAUCCAGAGUUUCGGAUUUCUCAACCUGUUUGGCUCCUUCUUCCCUGUGGCUGUGGCAUUCCUGCGCCAGACGCCUGUGAUCGGUAAUGUGCUCAACCUGCCGGUGAUCAGCGAGGUUGUCGAUCGACUAGCGGGAGCACAGAAGCGCGGAUACCAAGUGUAA